GACGAGCUAAACCACAGCUACCAGCUCAGCCUAAUCGAGAUAUCGUCAUUAGCCUGCUUUGGAGGGGCUGCCAAACUAGGAGUUCUGCUUGGAGUCCCUUAUUUUUAUCAGUCGUGAUAAAUGACCAAAUACCAGAAAGGCCUUGGAUGGGACUAUAUUACCUCAAGUUGAACUUCUCGGAAUUAUUUGAAGCUUUGAAUUGAUCCAAUUGAGGAAAUAACACUAUGGCUCAAGUUGAACCUGAGUUUGCUGUGAAGAGCAGCGGCAUUACCAGAGAAUGGAGUGGCCAGCUCCAGCCUGCUCUGGUUGCAUCUUUUAUUUUUCUUAUGUGUCUGGAGGCCAGUCUUUGGAUGAGGAACCUCCGGCGCAAGAAAAAGCUGCCGGGACCCUUCGCAUGGCCCGUUGUGGGGAAUGCUAUGCAGCUGGGUCAGAUGCCUCACAUCACCUUCGCCAAACUAGCCAAGAAAUAUGGUAACGUAUACCAGAUACGGCUAGGUUGCAGUGACAUUGUUGUGCUGAACGGAGACAGGGCGAUACGUCAGGCCCUGAUACAGCACAGCAAGGAGUUUGCCGGCAGACCGGACUUUGUGUCUUUUCAGUGCGUGUCAGGAGGGAAAAGCAUGACUUUUACUAAUUACAGCAAAGAGUGGAAGUUGCACAGAAAAAUUGCUCAGUCAACGAUCAGAGCUUUCUCAUCUGCCAACAGCAAAACCAAAAAAGCAUUUGAGCAGCAAAUUGAGGCCGAAGCUAAGGAACUUGUUGAGAUUUUCUUCAAACUCGGCUCUCAGGCCCACUAUUUCAACCCCACUCAUGAGCUGACAGUAGCUGCAGCAAAUGUGAUUUGUGCCUUGUGCUUCGGAAAACGUUACGGACACGAUGAUGCUGAGUUCCGAGCCUUGUUGCAGAGGGUACAUAAGUUUGGAGAGACUGUUGGAGCUGGCAGCUUGGUGGAUGUGAUGCCAUGGCUUCAGUCUUUCCCCAAUCCUGUCCGCAGUGUUUUCAAGAACUUCAAAAAUAUUAACAAGGAUUUUUUUGGGUUUGUCCAGAAUAAAGUGGAAGAGCACAGAAAUACGUUUGAUCCAAAGGUAACCCGGGAUAUGAGUGAUGCCAUCAUCAGUGUUAUUGACAAGACUGAGAGUGAGAACGGUCUCACUAAAGGCUAUACUGAAGGGACAGUGUCCGAUCUCAUCGGUGCAGGUCUGGAUACUGUUUCCACUGCUCUAGAAUGGAUACUGCUACUCCUGGUGAAACACCCUAAAAUUCAAACAGAGCUUCAUCAGCUCAUUGACACGGUGGUGGGGCCAAACAGGCUGCCCUCUGUGGAUGACAGAGGUCCCCUGGCGUACCUGGAUGCCUUCAUCUAUGAAACAAUGCGCUUCACCAGUUUCGUGCCGCUUACAAUCCCCCACUCAACAACCUCAGACGUCACCAUUGAGGGUCACCGCAUUCCAAAAGACACGGUGGUCUUCAUCAAUCAAUGGUCCAUCAAUCAUGACCCCCUGAAGUGGGAGGACCCGCACAUCUUUGACCCCUCACGCUUCAUUGAUGAAAAUGGCUCCCUAGACAAGGAUCUCACUAACAAUGUUAUGAUCUUCUCUGCGGGGAAGAGAAGAUGCAUUGGAGACCAAAUUGCCAAGGUGGAGAUAUUCUUGUUCUCUGCGAUCCUUCUUCAACAAUGUCACUUUGAAAAAUGCCCUGAUAAAGACGUUUCCCUCAAUUGUUCUUACGGUUUAACACUGAAGCCUAUAGAUUUUAACAUAACUGCCAAACGCAGGAGAGAGACACUUUUUGUUCAAUAAAACAGAACUAUCAUAAGUACUAUUUGUACUAUUAUUUUAUUAUUUGUCCCAAAGCCGAUUUGUGUGCAUGUAUGUAUUAUUUUACUUUUAUAUUAGAAUGCUCUUCAACAUUUGAAAAAUCAGAGCAAAUAAACAUUAUGUUAUGUAAUAUAUACACGAGCUAUGUGAAUGUACAUGUACAUGUAUGUACUUGCGGGUCUUUAUAUAUCUUGAUACGUACAGAGUUUUUGAAGUAAUCUGCGCCUGGCAAAUCAUAUAAAAUAAUUUUGUUUUAAAACAGCAUGCAGUGUGUGGUGCAUUACAUUCUACAAUCAUAUAAAUAAACAUGUUCAAGUAA